AUGCCCCCAGCCACAGCCGUAACACAGGCCCCAGCAGCACCACCGACUCAAGCUGGUGAGGCAAAUGUUGGAGUGACGGGAGCAGUCCAGGAUGGGGAAGGCAUCGCCAUCCCCAACACUGCCGGUCAGACACCGUUCUCCCCGGGCGCUUCCGUAAUCCCUGUGAAGGCACGAACUGGUAUGUUUCAGGGGUGUGGUAUCAGGGGUGUGGUAUCAGGUAUCUGUUCAGGGGUGUGGUAUCAGGGGUGUGGUAUCAGGGAUGUGGUAUCAGGCAUGUGUUCAGGGGUGUGGUAUCAGUUGUGUGUUCAGGGGUGUGGUAUCAGGUCACCUCACCCGCGCCCUGCAGGACCGGAGCUUCAUUUCCCCACAUACAGACUGCCCCCUCCGUCUCUCCCACUGAUCGCCCUCCCGUCCUCCUCCCCCGUGUCACUCGCAGGUCACCUCACCCGCGCCCUGCAGGACCGGAGCUUCAUUCUCCGCCGCACAGGUUCCCUUGCUAGCAUGCGGCGCUGCGUGGAGCCUGUCGUGGAAGCUGACGUGGCACCUGACGUGGCAGAUGCCGGUUCCAGCUCAGCAGGUGGCGGAUAUGACGUGGAGCAGCCCCCUUCUGGCGUGGCACAGGAGCCGGAGCUGGCGAAAACCUUCGAGGAAAAUGUCAAGGAGGAGAAAGAGGUGCACGGGCAGGGGAGCCAGGGGCAGCAGGUUCGGGAGCAGGCUCGGGCAGAAGAGGCUCGGGAGCCGGCUCGGCGAGGCUCGAAGCUGCAGGUUUGGUAUGACGACGACGGCGAUGAUGACGUGGCAGAGGAUAUCCAGGAGCAUUUCACCUGGAUUGGGGAGGAGGAGGAGGGGGAUGACUUAGACGUGGUUUAUGAACAAGAGGAGGAGAGAGAGGAGGAGGAGAGGAAGGAGAAGGAAUGGAGGAGACGGGCGGGGAGGAAGGAGGGGGGGGAGGAGGGGGGGAAGGAGGGGGAGGGAGAGGGCCAGGGGGGAGGGGGUGAGGGGGGAGGGGGUGAGGGAGAAGGGGGCGAGGGGAAGAAGCAGCUGGUGCGGCAGGCAACGAUGGCGAGGAGAGAGGCGAGCACUGAGCUGACCGUGUGGCAGUCGCUGGUGCUCACUGUGCAAUGCUUUUUCCAGCAGCUGUUCAACCCCAUCACUCAGUCUGAUUACUACACUCUCCGACUUGCAUUCAUUCAUGUAACUCCACUCGCCCACUUCCCUCCCAUUUUCUACAUCUUUCAGAAUCAGGACCUUCCUCGCGACUUUGAUUUCUAUCACUACGUGGUUGGCUCACUGGAGAAAGAUUUUGUGUACAUCGUCGGCCUCAGGUAA